AAAUAUUGCUUUGGCUCUUUCAGGCUGGACUUUCAUCGUUUAGUUACAUUUAGAUUUUAAAUGUAAUUGGUUAAAUUUUAAACUGUAAUCGAAUUCAGGCUUAAAUGUACAUGCUGUUCUCUGAAGCACAAGGUGCGAGUUCUUCACGCUGCAACAGCCAUAUUUUAAUGCAUACCAGCAGAUGUGUUAUCAAAGGGAAAGGUUGUAGCAUUACCAUAAAAAUCCAUGGACUUGGAAUCAAGACACGUCACCUUCCAGCCUUACGCUGAAAUUGCUUGGUGUAGUUAAGUACAAGCUGAUUCACGCGAAACGAGCGCGGGUGGGGGAGGGAGAAGGUGCUUGCGUUGCUACCUAAUGCGUUGGACCUGAAUACAAGUACUCUGGUAAACAGAGAUUUGAGAUUUUAUGGAGCAGAGCAGACUUGCAGGAGAAUCGAAGGGGGUGGGGAAGGCGAAGAAUGUGGCGGUGCGCCUGCGCGUUCGCCUGGUUACAGGCUGCAGAGCGCGGCCGACGUCACGUGCUGCUCGGAGGAGCUCGGUGGCGCGGCCGAGAGUAGAGAGGAGAAAGCAGAGAGGGAAGGCGAGCGAAGUGAGCCCGGGCCCGGCCACACCGCGGAACCAGCGGGCCUACCUACACUCCACGCUGUACACCGAAGGAAUUCAAACGUUCCCACCAUGUCCGCCGCACAGGUAUCUUCGGCUCGUAGACAAUCGUGUUACCUCUGCGAUCUGCCCCGCAUGCCAUGGGCCAUGAUCUGGGAUUUUACCGAACCCGUGUGCCGAGGCUGCGUCAACUAUGAAGGGGCCGAUAGGAUCGAGUUUGUGAUCGAGACAGCGCGUCAGCUGAAGCGGGCUCAUGGCUUCCAAGAGGGACGUUCUCCGGGGCCUCCGCCUGUCAAAGUGCAGUCGCUGGCUGCCAGCAAAGACCCGGGCCAGCAGCUCAACCACGUCGACGGUCCGAACAAGGGGCCGCAGCCACCUCUUGAUCGUUACUCCCUGAGCGCCGAGAGACCUCGCUUCGAAUACCCAGGGCUCGCCCACGCUGGCAGGCUUCCAAAUGGCUUGAAUGGACCCAAUGGAUUUCCUAAAUCGGAGGACGUCCCGCCGGAACUUAACCGGCAGAGUCCUAAUUCAUCGCGCAGAAAUCACGGCAUCGUGCCCCCGGGCCCGGUGACGGUGCCGCCCAACCUGCUGCCACAGACUACCCUGAACGGUCCGAGCACAGGAGCCGUCAGCUCGCACGGGCUACUUGGCCGGCCGUCUCCUUCCACCAGCCUGGCAGGCACCUCGCUCACCGUCAACAGCCAGGUGCUGAGCGAUGUCAACAAGCGGCCCGGCUCGGUGUCCAGUAGUGACCAGGAGCGGGAACUGAAGGAGAAGCAGCGCAAUGCCGAAACGCUGGCCGAGCUGGGCGAUAGCUUGCGGAACCGUUCCGAGGAUUGGGUGAGCAAGCCCAAGAUCGUGCGGGAGACGCUGCUCACUCUCUCCAACUGCAACCCCUUCGAUGUGCGCUUCAAGAAGGACCACUCUCUGCUCGGCCGGGUCUUCGCUUUCGACGCCGUUUCCAAGCCCGGCAUGGACUACGAAUUGAAAAUCUUCAUCGAGUAUCCGAGCGGCUCGGCCAAUGUCUUCUCCAGCGCUUCAGGAGUGGCCAAGCAAAUGUACCAAGACUGUAUGAAGGAUUUCGGCCGGGGCCUUUCGUCCGGCUUCAAGUACCUCGAGUACGAGAAGAAACACGGUUCAGGGGACUGGCGGCUGCUGGGGGACCUGCUGCCCGAGUCGGUGCGAUUCUUCAAGGAGGUGGUGGGAGCCGACAUGCUGCCGCAGCCCCACAUCGACGCUAGUUGCCCCAUCUUGCCCACCGCCCUGUGCAACUUGCCCCGUCCCCCGCCAAGCAGCUCCAGGCCCGGGAUGCGCAAGCGGAAAGCUUCUCCCGAACCGGACUCAGAAACGGGUGGCAUCAAAGAAGAGCGGCAGCAACAGUGGUUGCCCAACCAAAACGAAGCCUUAAAGCUCACCAUGGCGGCAUCUGGUGCCUUUGGAGCGGCCGGCGUGGCGCACGGGGCUCCCAAUCUUCCUCCCAACCGGACCACGCCUCCCGAAUGCAACCCCCAGAACGGACAGUCGCCCAUGGCUGCUCUGAUGUCCGUCGCUGACACCCUGGGCAAUGCCCACUCGCCGAAAGACGGCAACAAUUCCGUACACUCGACCACUACCACCAACACCAGGCGGAACAGCAACAGUCCGGUGUCCCCGGCGUCAGGGGGCAGCCAGCGCCGCAUGGUGUCCAGGAACGGAGAUGUUGCUCUGUCCGUUGCUCCUCCCAACAGCCACCCCAACCCCAGCAUCGAUCCCGUUCACCCCCCAAACAUUCCAGACUCUCCGAUGGCCAACAAUGGGCCACUCUGCUGCACCAUUUGUCACGAACGUUUGGAGGACACUCACUUUGUGCAAUGCCCAUCAGUGCCCAAUCACAAAUUUUGUUUCCCCUGCUCACGGGAGAGCAUCAAGGCUCAGGGGGCUAAUGGAGAAGUUUAUUGCCCCAGUGGAGAAAAAUGCCCAUUGGUAGGUUCAAAUGUUCCUUGGGCCUUCAUGCAAGGAGAGAUUGCUACAAUCCUAGCCGGGGACGUUAAGGUCAAAAAAGAAAGAGACCCUUAAUCUUUGUUGAUACUUCAAUGAUUGAAGUCAAAUGUGAAUAAGAACUAAGCAUUUAGUCUUAUGUAUAGACAUUUUCAUUUUUCGUCGUAUGUUUCUAUAUUUUGAAACAAGGUAUGUACUCUUCUUCAAUUGAAGGAUGAACCUGGUUUUAUGAAAGAAUAUCCGAUAUUACUGCUUAAUACUGUUUUCACUUAUCGAUGGCAGUGUGUUGGCUAGGUACAGAAUCAUAGCACUUAGCAAUUAACGCUGCUGGUGUGUUUUUGUAAAUGUAUGCACUUCGCUGAAUUGCCAAGGCCAGUGUUGACGUCUGCAGAAAUGCAAACAAAUUGUUACAAAGAAUGGUUACAGUUAUGUUACAAGCCCUAUGGAUAGUCUACAAAGUGACUUUUUUUUUUUUAAAGGUGAGGGGUUCUUUAUAUUAGUUUCCAAGGGCAAAAUCUUUCAUUUUAUGAUUCAGUGAUCUGAAUUUUUUAUAAUGUGUUUUUUUUGCUUUAUGGAUGCACGAAUGCUUUAAAUUGUAGAGCAAAAUGCUGUACUGUAUAUGACAAAAUGCUCUGUUUGUUCUUUAUACAUUUCUGUAGUAACAGAAGACUGUAAUGUGCCUUGGAGCUGAAUAAAUUGUAAUAAAUUCAAUGAAUAAGCUCCCUGAGUAGUCCAUUUCUUUACAGAUGUCAGUAAUGCAAACACAUUGGACAUGCAUUGACCUGAGAGAAACUGGUUGUCUUUAUUGCAAUUGAAAAUCUUAUUUCUUCAAGCUCUUUUGGAGAAGCCAUUCUUAUCAGCUGCUUUUAUUGCAAUAGUUACUUGUCUUGGCAAAGAGCCGUUUAUUUACAAAUUACCUGACUGCUUGUUUAUUAUAGAAAUAAACUGCUGAUUCAGGUUUUACCAUUCAGUUUUUUUAAUUGGAUUAAAAUCUGACGACUUCCAGUUUGUACUUAUUUAACUGAAACACAAUCUUAAACAAUUGUUCUGAGAUUAAAUAAACUUGAUUGAAUGUUA